CUCUUGGAUGAUGUAAGUUGCUAACACUCUUGUCGUUGUUUAUAUUUUCUCUGGUUGCUCUAUAUGUCGCCAUUUUCCUCAUGCCAACAUUUUCUUUCUUUGUCUCUCUUUAACAGCCGAUGAUCAAAGAGCUUCUUCGCAUCGGUGCCCAAUUCGUUGGGUACCGUGAUUACGCCAGCAAGACUGAAGAGAAAUUGAUAGAAGCCAACGAACGUGCUGACACGCUUGCUCUAAAGUUAGAGCAAUGUGAAGAGGCUCGUAAGAAGGCCGAAUCAGAUGCAGUUGAAGCUAGGCAAGAAGCCGACAAGGCGAAGGCUGAUGCUGCUGGUGUCGAAGAUCUUCGGAAACGUCUGCAUGACGCCGAGACUUCACUGAGCGAUCACAUAACUGCGCAAUCUGCUCGCGAAGCGGCGAUCACCAAACGCAUUAAAACGCAAAGUCGUCGCUUUGUUGAUAGGACCUCACAAGAGUUUGAGCUUGAGGAUCCUGACAACGAUGCUCUUCUGGACGCCGUUUCAUUCCUUGAGUUUCAUGGAUCGGAAGCGCGUGAGGGCAUGGAUGAAGCCAGGGCGGGGUUGUCGAAGCUUUUCCCCUACUUCUUCCCGAAGAAAGAGGAGCCUGCAACUUUCCUUGGCCUUGCCAAGUGCUUCAAUCCUCCCGAAGAUCUUGUUGAUAUUUGA